AUGAAGGUCUCUGCAACUGCUCUCUCCUUCAUCAUCCUUGCUACUACUCUUGGAUCCCCUGCCCAUGGAUCUCUGGCCCAUGAAUCCUGGGAUACUGAAGGAAGAAUGGUGAUGGAGCAGAUGAACCAAAUUACAGAAUCUCUUGGCUUUCACCGUCCUUCUGACUGCUGCCCGGGCUAUACCUCACGAAAAAUCCGAUGCAAUAACAUGAAAAGUUACUAUCUAACGACCAGUGGGUGCGCCCAGCCUGGUGUCAUCUUCACCACCAAAGCGGGGAAGAGUGUCUGUGCCAACCCCAAUAAUCCAGAAGUUCAGGAAUGUAUAAUGAACUGGAAGCUGGACUCUGUGGAGAACCUGAGCAGGAGUCAUUCAAUAUCCUGA